AUGUUUAAUUACUACGUGUUGUUCUCUUUUUUAUCCAUGUGGUUCAUCAAGCUUUGGAUUUUGCUGGAUCAUCUUGCAGAUUGCUCGGAUAAACAAGAAGGUAGAACUUGUUCAACGAUUCCCAUUGCUGCUACCGAGUUGUUUUCAUCGUUGAAUACAGGAGAACCGGUACAGAAGAGCAAAGCAACAGAGUCAUUCCAAAGUGUAAGUUUAAUCUCAUCGAUUAUUGCAGAAAACUUCAUCUCAAAAACAACUGAAAACCAUGCUGCAAUCGAAGAAUCGAUUCGAAUGGCUAGUAGUACCCAUGAAUGUACUGAAAUUAUUCAUAACCACCAAUUAUUACUUGUGAUUUUUUAUCACAUAGCAUUGCUGUUUAGAACAUUGACAUAUUAAAGUUGAGGCCUCCAAUUGAU